GACGCGUCCUCGGCGCCGUGCCCGCCGCUCCCAUCAACGAGCGUGCGCUGACUGUGCCGCAAGGGCCCUCUCCCCUCGACUCACUCCUCCGCGCUGGUCGGGUUUCCCGAGGUCGUCUCGGGUGUCCUUACCGUACGACGCGCGCGCUUGUCAGGUAAGUGACGCCGCCGACAGCAACGACGGCGCUACGGCAGUGGCGUGAUGGCAGCAACAGCGCAACUUUGCUGCCUGGUGCUUUCGUCGACGCGCCCGCUGCGGCCGUGGCCCGACGACGGCCCACGAAGUUGCCAUCGAACACACCGGACGCACGAUGCCGUCGCGGGAGCGUGGUGCAACAGCCGUUAAACGCGAUCGUCGGGCGACAGCUGCUGCUGCGGAAUUCCGUGUUGUGUUGUACGCCUCGCAGCGCGCGCCGCCGCGUCGGUGGUGUACGCAGUGGUCCAUGACUGCAGAGGCGCACGUGAUCGCGCUUGUAAGCGCGCCGGAACGCGCCGAGCGUAUGAUUCUUCCUCGCCUCGUCUCGCCGACACCGAUACAACCGAUAUUUCUCCGCGCUUCGCUGGCGUCGCUGACGGAACGGCCCGACUGAUGCUGGGCGGAAUCGCAACGCGCUGCCGAUAAGGAAGCUCGUCCCAGAUAGGGGCGUCAGAACGAAGUCCACGCCGGGUAGGGGAUGGAUAAACGGCGCUCGUCGGCCGUGCGAUGAGUACGUGACAGCGCAGGGUCACGGGCGCCCCGAUUAGCGGAGCUGCGAUGGCUUGUCCCGCGAAGCCGCCCGCCGUCGGAAGGCGGGCGAAGGUCGGCGUCAAGACACCCCGCGGAGAUCAGCUGCUCGAUCUUGAUCUGGAUCUGCCACUGUCCACCAUCAUCGAUGACGUGUGCCAGCGAGUGGGCAUCGCCGACCCCGACUGCUACGCGAUCAAGUACGACGGCAGCGAAGUGUACGUCUUCGACGCCAACAAGCUGGAGAUCAGGAACGGAGACAUGCUCCAGCUGGUCCGGAUGCCGAUGAACAGGAACGAUGUCAUCGAGAAGCUGGGCUCCGGCACGCCGGACGAGAAGGCGGAAGCCCUGCAGGCGCUACUGAUCCUCGCCGCGGAUCCCGAUUCCGCUGUCAGGUUCAUCUCGUACGACGGUCACAAGACCAUUGUGAACUGGAUUGAAGCCGGUGUGUACAAAGGAACCCUGCUUUGCCGAGCGCUUCUGUGCCUUCAGGGUCUGAUCGAUCACGGCCUUAUAACGUGGGAGAUUCUUUCGACCAAGUGCUUGAGCAGGAUACUGAAGGAGACGAACUGUCCUAACGGGGUGGAUUGGAACAAUGAGGAAGUUUUUCUCAGUGUGCUUGAAUGUGUGGUUACGAGUAACGCGUCUGCGUACGAAACGGUUUUCAUGGGUAUGCCCUGGGAGCGAUACGCGUUGCUGAUGCAAGAAGGGUCAGUGGUGGUCAUGAGGAACUGCAUCAUGUUAUUGAACGCGCUCUUCACCCAAGGCAACCCCAGUCACAGAGACGCCCUUAAGAACGCCAUUAGUAACUGGAAGAUAAAGAGCGUUGUGUGGACUAGGCUGACAAAUUAUGGACAAGUGGAUUCAGAGUUGGCGCGCGCUCUGCAUGUCUUUCAAGCCCAGAUGCUGGGUUUGUACGAGCGGCUGUGGAAAGCCAGCGUUGACACCGAUGACCUGGCUUUGAAUGGAAAGGUCGACAUUCUCUUGAAGCUUGCAGAGAGCUGUUUAAAUUCGGACGACGCCAGGUACAAGCAGCUGGACAGCAAGCGACGCCACUCGGUUCGCCACACCGCCAUGGGACUCGAGCACGUGAGUGUUCCCCUGAAGGACUUUGCGAAGCCUGCAGGCAGACUUGCCAUAGAGAAUCUCCUGUAUUUCGCCGACAAGUACAACUUGAGCUUCACCACAGCGAUUCAGGAGAACUUGUUCAGUUCUCCCGAGCACAUGUGCCCGCUGGUCGAGAGCAGCAUCCUGCUGACCGAACUCUUGUGCCGUAUGUUCAGGGUCGGCAAGCCGGCCGGCGACGAUGAGGGCACCUUCUGGCUCAUGUACUUCUCCCACGAAUGCUUCUUCGAGGAAAUCUUCAGCGUGUGCAUGCUGCUCGUGUUCAAGACGUGGCGCGAGAUGAGAGCGUCGGUGGCGAGUAUCGGCAAAGUUUUCGGCAUCGUGAACGAGCAGAUCGGCCGGGCGCUCAGGCUCAACCCGCACUGCGCGGACAUCAACGGCUUCCGCACGACGUUGUCGUCCCUGCCUUACUCGGAAAUCGUCAAGCAGCUGCAGCGAGAAAACGACGAACGUAAAGCGUCCGAGAGGCAGUCUCGAGCCGUGAACCAACUGCGGGACUCGCUCCGUGCCGACAUUGUCUCCCUGGUGAACGAGAACCGCAUCAACGUUCUCUGCAAGGGUGCCAGGUUCCAAAAAUACGGCGCCAAGGGGAACCGCAUCAAGGACUGUUACGUCUUUGUCAAGUUGUCCCGCAACCUCAAGGCCAUUCACUACGGCGACUGCAACGCCACCUGCGAAACUGUCGACAUCGAGGAGCUGUCCGAUAGCAUCCUGGUGUCGGACAUCGAUAUGAUCAACACGGGCACGUCUUGCCCUCAGGCGCGCAAGGCGACCAGACAGAUCGUCGACCUGGCUUUUUCCAUCGUGGUUUGUGGCGACGGGCAGCCGCUCAAUCUGGUGGCUCCUAAUGCCAAGGUGCUUAACAGGUGGCUCGACGGGCUGGACGUCCUACUGGGCAACACCGCGAGCAGCAUCGAAGCGCGAGGAGACAUGGGCAUUCUGUUGGACAUGGAGGUUCGGCUGAGGCUGCUGGAGACCGAGGGCAUCCACAUCCCAGAGACGCCGCCUCCCGUCCCUCCUCCGCCGUCGAACUUCGACUUCUCCUCGAGGUUUUUUGGCAGCUUAUGAACCUAUUGUGUGUGUGUGUGUGCUGGCUGGCGCGCUACUAACCAGCAGUAGUUGUGAUAUCAACUAGUCUCGUUCGACCCAUUCGUACAGCAAAGCUGGCUUCGCAGCGUUGAAGUGAAGUGGAUCCACUUAUGACUGUAGAUAUUAUUUAUCAUAUAUUAGUAAUGUCAAGUUUUGUAUUGGAGCUGUGCAAGAAUAAGUCGCAUAUAGCUAUUGGAAAGUUUAGAUCGAAUGUCGGGUACAUUACCAAACUUGGCCUUCAAAGCGCCUCUUUUUGUGGUAAAUGAUGCCGAUGGGAGCCGAUCAAGGUAUAUUAAUGUUUGCUAAACGCCCUCUGCGAUUUAGCGGUCGGUUUUCUCGGCGCAACUUGUACGCGGGAGCAAAGGUUCCUCAGAGCAGAUAACCAUUAUAGUAUAGGGUGGUGCCGUUUUAAAGGCUUAUUCCCAUGACAUUACGCGAAGUCAGAACGCGGAAAAUGCCUCACCAGCUGAAAAUGGCAUGUUUUGUGAAUAUCGUCUAUCAUUUUUUAUCACUUGACUGCGGUAUGUUAACACAGCGACCUUUGCUUAAUAAACGAGCUAGCAAGGUCGCCCGCAAUGCAAACUCUGUAGUGUUUGAACGAAUGUAUAGCGUCUACAAUUGUCUUUUCAAGUUCCUCCUGCCACUAAAGCAAUGCAGUCAGCACUUUUAGUAAAAUGGAGUUAGGCAUCUGAACGAGUCAACGAGUCAUCAGAUCGCAGACGUGUUAUAAAAGGUUACGACGCGUGUAUAUUUGCUGUAACCCUUCGCUGUCAUGGAACGUUUGCACUAAUUGACGCCAAAACGGUUGUGUCCUCUGGAUCACGCUUUAUUGAAUUGUCAAGCAUGUCUUCCCAACGUCAGCUUGCCAUUGCUAGUCCAUGGAAUACUCAUCAGGCUAUUACGUUAGUCUUCGCAGCUAGGCUAAUUAAGUCUUGAGUGUCCGUAUCGCAAAAGAAAACGUGGCGUCAAGGCCGUACGUGAUAUAUGAGACAACGCCACGUACGCGCGUUUCAUUGCAUCAGUACGGCGAAGACGACUGCCUUCCGCUCAGGCUAUUCAGGAACCUUUGAAACUUCAGAAAUUGUACCCAUGAAAACCCACUUUUGUAUGUGCACCUCUCCAUCUUUGAAGCGAUCUGCUGCGACUCGUUUUGCGGCCUUUUUACGGUCGGCAACCAAACAACAAAGCCAUAUAUAUAAAUUGCAUGUUACAAAAUGUAAGUGAAAAAGUAGCUAUAAGCGAUAAAUUUUUUUGCAGCGCACUGUGGAUGGCUGGUAGAGGCGAACGUCGUAAGAUAUGGUACCACGACGUAAACCUUUCACGAGCAAUACAAUUGAGCAUCCGAGUCACUUUCAAGCGCUCGCUUAUUGGCCAAACACGCGCAUCCUGCGCUAUAGCGCUCAGUGAGUAUAAUUUAACGGAAAAUACACUACUUGUAGAAUCUAGUUAAACGGAACAUCAAGGGACCGGUAUCUUUCGAUAAGCAGGAGUUCCGUUUACGGACAAAGCUGUGGAGGAGUGCAGAACCACAUGUCAAAUAAAUACACGCUCUUGAUACUGUUGUCGGAAACGUUGUGUAUUGAGAAGUUAAUGUAGCAGCUAUAUAUAGUUAAACACAGAAAACGGCAAGGUGCUCAGUGCUUGACUUUAUUAUGUAACCAAUACAGUCGUCGACCGAUAAUUCCGACUCUGCAGGGACCGCCCACAAGCCAAAUAAAAGUAAGUCCUAAAUAACGGAUUCGCCGGAAAAUAAGCGGCUUAAUUAUUCUCCAAAUGGCGGUAAUAAUAAUUGUUUUCAAACUCUGAUGCACGCACAUGUGCUUGCUUGCUUGCGACCUGGUCAAUCUGUUGUACUUCGACCGUCUUCGUGCUUUCGCGAUACAGAUGGAUGAAAGUAUACAGAUAAUGCAUGCGCCAAAUCUGCAUCCUUCGUCAACAGAUGGCGACCGCGUUCCGAUAGCCUGCACAGAUAUAUCCAGCUUCUAUGGAAGCCGCUUGUGCCCACUCUCGUUCAACCGGUGGCCAUAGAAAAAGCGCUCGCAAAGAAAGCUUCGCUUAAUUAAAAAAAGAGAAAAAAAAGUCACAAUUUAGCGAUUAAGUCGCAUUGAACCAUUACAAUGUUGGACGGCAAAGCAAGCCUUCCCGCCCUUGGGUCCAACAGUGCAGGCAUCCUAUAUAUAGGUGUUAAAUUAGGAACAGUCAAAUCUGUAGUCCGAGAAUUUAGGACGAAUAAAGCUGUGUUUCUAGCGUUCUUUUUAACGCCAUAGCGUUAAGGGCCCCGUGUAGCAAAAAAAUUCGGUGUCGGCGUAAGCAUGGGCGUCUGGCAGAAAUAAUCAUGCCGAACCACAUCAUCCCGAACCACCCGGACCGGGCAGGCCCUUCGCGUGGCGCAAGGCGCUAGUGAACGAAAAUCGAAUUUCAAGUACAAUCCGCUCUGAAAAAUCGUAAAGUAUACGACUUAACCACAACCUACAGACGUGAUAGCGUCGAAAUUUUGACCGGGCCCCACGUCGCAGAAAAUACGGUGUCGGCGUCAACGGCCUCUAAUAUAACGCUAUGCGUUCCACUCUUCAAGGC